AUGAAAAAUUACCCACAAGAUACUCAGGAGUCGAUAAAAGAACAGCAGAGGGAAGGGUAUUGCAAGGAAGCUUGUGACCCAUCAAAAGGUGUAGCUGAUGAUAUACUCCCUCACAUUCUCAACCUCUAUGCCUCCCGUGCAACAUCUAAAGAUUUUAACAUUUAUGCUCCACAUGCGACCUUUGAAGACCCCCUCAUGUGCGCACGAGGGGUACAACAGAUCAAAUCGGCAUUCUAUUCACUUGCUAAGGUCUUCAGUGAAUCGAGAAUUGUGGAGUACAGUAUCAAAGAAAAUGUGAUUUCACCUGGAAAGGAGGAGAUACUUAUUGACAACAAACAAUAUUACAAGUUUAUGGGGAAAGACAUAGAUAUGAUAUCGCUCAUCAAGCUGUACAUAGAGGAUGGGAAAAUUGUUCGUCACGAGGAUUGGUGGGAUAAAAAACCCUUAUGGAAUAGGGAUACAGUUAAGUUUCCCGUUGUAGGCCGAAUCACGGAGAUGACACGCCGAGCUUCCAUGUUCGCAACUCAUGCUCUUAUGAGGUUUGGCAAGGACCCGACCAUGUAA